UAGGUUCAUUUCGAAUUAAUCGAUACCACGCGAAUUCCGUGAAAUAAUUUUAUUGAUUCUAUUUUGGCAAGUUUUCUGAUAAAACUGCGUGAGUACGUGCCUCCCGCGCCGUUGCACGUGUGUUAAGUGGGUGCACCUGUCCGCCGGCACCGUGCUGGCCAUAAAAGUCGGUGCGGAACCGCUGUAUUCACUGACACCACUGUGGACCACUUUGCACCACCUCCCCCUUUGGAGUUUUGUCCCAACAAAUUGCAAAGGAGCCCCGGAAAAUGGUGGACGCCGCCAGGCAGAUGCUCGACGAGCUGAUGGGCAGGAAUCGCAACCUGCAUCCCUCGGAGGCGGGCGCCAAAGUCAAUUGGGAGGAUCCAGAGUUCUGUCAGUUCUACAACGUUAAGUUCUGUCCGCACGAUCUAUUCAUAAAUACCCGCGCGGACCUGGGCCCCUGUGCCCGCAUCCACGACGAGGAAGCCCGACAUCUCUACGAGGAUGCUCGACCCUCGCAGCGGAAGCGCCAGUACGAGGAUGAGUUCCUGCGCUUUUGCAAUGUGAUGCUGCACGAUGUGGAUCGCAAGAUCCAGAAAGGCAAACAGCGUUUGCUCCUAAUGCAAAAGGAUCAGCCCAAUGUACCGGCACCCCUAAGCAGGCAUCAAGAGCAACUGGCCAACCUGACGGCCAGGAUCAAUAAGCUGCUCUCGGAGGCGGAGGAAGCCGGCAUUCGGGGGGAUGUGGACCAGGCCCAGGAUCUGAUGACCCUGUGCGAGGAGCUCAAGGAGGAGAAGGAGCAGUUGGUGCAGCAAUACGAGUCCAACCACAAGGCCAUCAGCAGCAUCAGCCUGACCAAGUCACCGGAGGAUGAGCUGCAGCAGCAAACCCGCAGCAGUCCUGUCACAAAUCCCAGCGAGGAAACUCCAACAACUCCUCUACCAGCCGCCAUCACCCCCGAUGAAGCGCCGGAUGCAGCGCCAAGUUCUGCGCCACCUGCAGCGGCAGUAAACACAUCGACAGACGAGGCCGCCGAAGCUGCUGGCUCAGCCAGCGAGGACAAAACGGAGAAGAGCGAUGGCAAGGCGGCUGGCUGGUCGCACGACGCCAUGCCCGAGAAACAGAUGAAGGUGUGCGAGAUCUGCGGCGCAUUCCUGAUCGUCGGCGAUGCACAGCAGCGGAUUGAGGACCAUUUGAUGGGCAAACAACAUUUGGGCUACUCCAAGCUGCGCAACGCAGUGGCCGAGAUCAACGAGGCGCGCCAGAAGGAGCGCGAGCAGGAGGAACGACGUCGGCGCGAUGGCCGAGUGCAGCGCUUCCACUCCUACGAAAGCAGACGCGAGCCACGCAGCGAGUACCGCGAGCGAAGUCGCGACUAUGUUCAGAAUCGCCAGCCCUCGGAUCGGCGUCACCAUCACCAUAAGUCACACCACAGCUCCCAUCACUCGUACUCGCGCAGUGGCGGAGGUGGUGCUGGUGGUGGCGGCGGCGGAGGAGGUGGUGGAGGUGGUGGCGGUGGUGGCGGCAGCAGUCGGAGCAACCGGAGCCACCAUAAUCACAACCAUAAUCACUACCGCCACGACAGCCGCGAACGACAUUGCCGCAGUCGGAGUCGCAGUCGCUACUAGAGACCAAAAAUAAUAGAAACCAAGUGAAUAGCAAACCAAGAACACAAGUAAAUAAUUAGAGAGAGUCCAGGAGCAGUUCCCAAAGUCCCAUACCGAAAGCGUACAACUAAAUAUGAUCGAGUUCAACACGACACACAAUCUCUCGCCCAUCUACGAUCUGCGAUCUUCAGUCUUCUUUGUCUUAUGUGUUCGCAAAUCCGCAAUCUGCAAGUCCGCAAUCCGUAAGCACCAGCUGCCGUGGCCACGGGCGGCAGCAUCGAGGUAUCCCAAUAAAACAAAAAAAACCAAAAUCAUUAACACAAUUUCCAAAAAAAAAAAAUAAUAAUAUGUAUCAAAAAACAGUUAGAAAGAAACAGUAUCUGAGCUGGCAGUAACGAGUGCGCUGAGGUGAGUCCAACACUUGAUAAACCCGUAAAAAGUAACACUCGGGCGCCAUUGUGCCCCACCACAUUCUGUUGACAUACUCGUUUCCGUACCAUUACUCUAUAUCGAUCUAUAUCUGUGUACACACACACGCGUUCCCCCAUUAAUGUGUGUACCCAGUUGGGCUGAGAUCCGGGUGAGGAUUUCCACCAGGGGCCACUACUUCGAAACGAACCGACGGACCAACGAAUAAUAUGGUUAACUUGUCUGGUCUUUAAAGCAUCAAAGUCGCUUUUACUCUAACUAUGUAGUUUUCAAGGGCAACUAGUAUAACAAUUUUGUGCAAUGGGUAUCUAUUAAUGAAAUAUUAAGGGAGCUGUACACUGCAUAUACAUAUAAGACUCAUUCAAGUUCAAGGAUCAGACUUAAGAGUAGUCAACUAUAAGUACAAGAUCUUGCCAAGUGCUGGGCAAUCAGACUUCUUUAUGAACAUGUAUAUUGACCAAGAGAUAGGCUGAGGAUUAGGGAGAUACGGAGCGUUCUAUGGGCGUUUCCCUUGCAAUUGUGAGUGGGACAUUGACUGAAACAGGUAUUUACGAAGCCUUACUGUUAUCUCUAUGCGCUUAACUAACCCAACAGAUACAGAUCCACGCAUUCCCCUCUGCAUUCCACCCCCCCACAUUCCUCCCUGCACAUCCAACCACCGCCCCAUAAACCACAAACGAUAAAUGUAUGUAUAUAUAGUAAUAUCUAUAUGGCGAAUUUAAAAGAGAUUCACUCGUACUGCAUGUGAUUUUGGCUUCGCUUGGCCACUGGGUUGCUGGGUCAUUUCUUUGCGAUGGGAUGGGUUUCGAGUACCCAAGUGGUACUUUAUCAGCCAUGGUACCUUAACCGCCAGAAAGAGCCGGACUGAGAGAGAGAGAAAGAGAGAAAGAGCUUGCAGGUACAUUUGAUCAAGCGAUAAAGACCAACACAACCGAUUAGCCCUUUCCAAGGAUUAUUCUUCUGGAUUUUGCUACUUGUCUUAAUUUUGUUACUUGUCUUAAUGAUUUAUGAUAUUGAAUAUAUUUGAAAAACCCAUGUUAAUUACGAGCUUUAACCUUGGAAAAGGAUCGUCGGCUUGCCGUCAAAACUCUACAUAUUACAGUUUCUUUUUUUUGUGACUUCCUUACUCAUUGUUGUGGUUUUCUGCCCCGCCCAUCCUUCCCCUGCACUAUACUAUUUUUUAAGAUUAAAAAAAAAAUCAAAAAAAAAAACUAACCCCAGCGAGAACUCUUCAAGUCAAGAUUCCAAGACACCCACGAAAAAUCACGAGGUAAUUGAAUUGCUAAAUCGAAUUAAAUUAUAAUCAAUCAAAUACAAUAUACAACGCAAGUGACGAAACACAAGCAUAGGCAGUGAUCAGAGGGAGACAGCAAACAGAGCAAAGACAGAGAGGGCGAGAGAGUUCGAGUUCCCAAAAAAACCCAUACACAUGUAUGUAUGUUCAUGUUCCCCCCUCCUCUUCACCAAACAGGUAAAUUGUGACUGACCCCCGACCCCCUAAAAUUAUGAUACUCAUAUUGAUAUUGAUUAAGUCGAAUUUUGUGAUUACUUUUGUAAUUUGUGAUGCGAUCUCUGAAUCUCUGUCCAGAGCCAAUCGAAAUCCCCGUAGCUGUAUGUUGUGUACUGUUCGUACCACAAAAAACCAAAGAAAAAAAGAAGAUACUAAUAAUAAUGUUUAAAAUAUAAAUAUAAAUAAACCCCACACUCAGAUGAACUCUGAAAACGUAUCUAUAUAUACACGAUCAGCUCGAAAUUAAUCUAAGAUGCGCUAUCCACUUUUAACCGCCCCAAACUUUUGGUCUGGCUCACUUAACUCACACUUUUCCCUCUGCAAACGUAUUCCAGAAGCCGCCAUCUGAGGAAUGGAGCCCCAAGGCUUCUACACCUAUAUAUAUAUGGAGAGAGAAGAGAGAGAGAGGAAGAUAUAUGAGAAAGAAGAACCAACCAGGUAACUUCUAUGCCACACCUCCCCACAUAAAUGUUUCUUCACGACAGACAAGGCGAAAUCCGCAAUCCAAAGUCCGAAAUCUGGGAUACGAGAUCCAUAAAACGCUAUCCGGAAUUCAACGAUCAUCAACGAACGAUCAGUGAUCAGAGAAAGAGAGAGAGAGAGCUGAGUGCAAGAGAACGCCAAGAGCCACUGAGCGCAGAGAGAGAGAGAGAAAGAAAGAGAGAGGGAGAGAGAGAGACACUCGUGUAGAACUGUAUUAGGCAUAAUACAAAACGAGGUGAAUUUCCAUUUCUCUCAUCUACUUAUAACUAUAUUAUAUACAUAUAUAUCUAUAACUCUACCCAUUACUUCACCCCAUCAUCCUUGGAUCAAAAUUAAUAAUGCAUUGAAAACGCCGGGUUGUUAAAGUCAGUUAAUGAACGAUAUACUAUGGAGCAAUUUGAACCGUACAUACAUAUACGAAAUGUAUGGUUGCUUUAGUUUCUGUGUCCGCGCAGGAUGAGCUCCUAUUUUUUCCGGCCAUUCCUGCGAGGAACACAACUUCUUCCUGUCUCCCAGCAUCCCCAAUAAUACCCACUAACCUAACCCAUCAAGGCACAUUCUUAUUGGUUUCCUACCUAUCACCUAGCAAAUUAAUCAAUUGAAUUGAGUUCCCAUCGGGCAAGCAAAGUUAAGGCAAAUUUACGAAUGCAGAUUUAAGUAUAUAGUGUAACCAAUCAAUAAAACUCGAUCGAUCGCCUUUAGUCAUGUAAAGAUGUUUUUAAUUAUGAAUUACGAUAUGAGUAAGGAUUAACACAUUCUAUUGAGAGACUCGCAAUAACUUUCUAAUAAAGAUCAAAGUAAAUCCCGAAAAAGAA